GAUAUAAAAUGUCACUUGGCGCACGUGUGUGACCAGUUGGCAGAAGACGUCAACCAUACCGGUGUAUGUGUGCUUUUGCAGGAGUAUCUUUAUUUUUCCAUCAGUUAGUUUAGGUUUAUCGUGACAAUGGAGUACAUUUAUCGAUUACCGUUCUUAAUCUUGGAAGUGCCUAAUUUAAAAUUAAAGAGACCGUCCUGGAUGGGGAAACCCAGCGCUAUGGUAGUCUUCUCCUUCAUUCUCCUCUCGUACUUCUUAGUGACGGGAGGAAUCAUAUACGAUGUGAUUGUUGAGCCACCCAGUGUAGGUUCCACGACAGACGAACAUGGUCAUACAAGACCCGUAGCAUUUAUGCCGUAUCGCGUAAAUGGGCAAUACAUAAUGGAAGGUUUGGCCUCCAGUUUUCUCUUUACAAUGGGAGGCCUAGGGUUUAUCAUACUGGAUCAGACGCAUGGUCCCUCAACGCCAAAACUUAACAGAGUUCUCUUGAUAUGUGUUGGAUUUCUCAGUAUAACAGUGUCAUUUGUCGCAUGCUGGAUAUUCAUGAAAAUGAAACUUCCUGGAUAUCUGCAAUCCUAAAUGUAAGCUAUUACAAAUUCCAUGGAUAUAACAAACGCCAUUUUUAUAUUAUUCAGGAUAUUGUAAUGGAUUGCUGAUUUUUGUAAUAAAGUGUAAUAAAUCAAAUGAGAUAUUUUUAGUAUUCUCAUUAUCAGUAAUAGGGCAAAAGAUGUGUACAAUUUCUCAAAUAUAUUAUAGGUAAUAUUAAAAAUAUUAAAAUAUUAUAUGACAUUAAAUAUCUUUAAUAUAUAGCUAUGUACUUU